AUGGCUGCGCACGACCAAGAUGAGCAAGUAGAUGCCAACAAGGAUGGCAUUCGAGACGUUGAGGCCAUGACAGGGCAAGAGUUGGUCGCGCACAAGUCAAAACUGGCGCUGCUAAGUAUUAAAGACCCGAAACGAUUGCAAAGCGCGGUGGGCAAUCUUUGGUCCGCGUGGUUGGCGGUCGUGGCAACGUUGAGCUUGAAGUUUGCGCAGACGACCGCGUAUGCUCUGGCAAUCGCUGAGAUGCUGAAAUUUCCAGUGACGCGCUACACGGCACCUGUUCUUGCGUAUGCUUUGGGACCUGAUCUCGUGAAGUGGGUAGAUGUCAUCAUCGACAGCAUGUUGAAGGCGAUUCUCAUUCUGGUCAUGUGGACUUUUGCGAAGAUGAGGGCUGCCUUUUACUCUGGGCUUCGGGGCGGGCAACUCUUCGGUGAGGCUGUGGUCAAGAUUUGUCAGAAAUGGGGAUUGACGGACUCGCUGCCGUUUGUGCAAAAGCCAUUUAACGCAGAAGAGUCGUACCUCGACGAAGCAAUCGGCUAUCCCCUUGCGCUUGUUGGCUUCUAUUUCCAGCUCACCCACUUCUUCGCGCUACUGCCGUUCCCCCUGGACUGGAUCCUUUGGCCCUUGACCUUCGUUGAGGGCCUGCUUGAGCUGCAG